AUGGCAGACCAAUCUUCCAUUCUGCAGCAGAUUGAUGCUGCUUUGGAUGGUCUGGUUGCCGACUGGAACAUCUACACCACCAUCUUCGCCGGCAUCAUUGCUGCCUUCGUCGUUUACUCCGUCAGCUCGUCUCAAGACCCGGAUGUGCACCCAUUUCUACUUGCUCGCCAGUCCACAGGGUCCCCUAUUCGACAAAAAGGUGAAUCUGCAACCUACCGCAGCCUGGAGACCCCUCAUGGCUUCCCUCUACGCCUCGGAUUGAAUGUCAAAGACACCGGAGCACCCAAGUGGACAGCCGGAAGACGCGGUGAUCUGCGUGAUAUCUGGAAGGCUGCUCUGCGCGGGUCACUUAAUCCCGAUGGAACGGUCGCAGGAGAACAAGGCAAAAUCUACACUGUUUUGGGCAAGCAGGCCAUCGAGCACUCGCUGAGCCAGGUCACCCAGGAACUCAAUGUCAUCGGCCGGCAUCUUCAGAAAUCCGAAGUAAAGACCGUCGCCAUCUGCCUGACCGACUCCGUUGAAUUGCUGACUGCUAUUUUUGCUGGCGCCUUCUACGGUUUCAAGACGAUCAUUGUGCCCCAUAACCUCCCAGCUGAGACUCUGUCAGCUCACCUGCAGCAUGCUCAGGCCGACGCUCUCAUUGCCGAGGCCGGAUCACUCGAUCUCUCUCUGGUGACCAAAGAGAACAAGCAGCUGUCGCUCGUUCUCUGGGUCGCAAAGUAUGGCAACCGGCACAUGGACUGGCAUGAGGUCCCCGAGGGCGUCAAAGGCGACUUGAACGUUUCCGUCUGGCACGAGCUUGUUGAAGAGCAAAAGGACUUGACGAGCCUGACGGUCCCUGAAUACGACCCCAACACCCCGCCGCCUGGUUUGAGUACUGUCUGGCCGUCAUCCUCGCAGGCUGGGGAGUUCAUUGAUUUCCAAUCGGAUAACCUUGUGUCUGCAAUUGCCGCCUUGAACUCUGCACUGCCUCGCACCCAACGUUUCUCCCCAUCUGAUCUUGUCCUCUCGAUUGAUUCUCUCGCGCGGUCAUACCCUCUGUUGCAAGUCAUGAAUGCCUUGUUUUGCAAUGCCUCUGUUGCUUUGAAUUCUGUUGCGGGCGAGAAGGUGGAUUUUGCAUUGGCUACGAUGGGUGUGUCUCCGACAGUCAUCAUUGCGUCGUCACGCACUAUGUCGGAUUACCAUGAUCGAGUUAUGAAGCCGCAUACCGGGCCCAUUUCUUCUCUUGGUCGGUGGGUGCAAAGCCGGACUCUGGAAGCCGGAAACAUGCCAUCCAAGAACAUCUUCAGCCAGCUGGCCCGAAUUGGCCCGACUGCCGAGCUCUCGUUGGAUAAACUCCGCUUGCUAUGCAUUUCGCAUCGUGCUGAUGGUGAUGCCUCAGCUCGCCUCAGCUCGGAGCAGUUGACCGACCUUCGGGUCUACACUGGGGCUCGCGUGGUCUAUGCGCUCACUGGACCUGGCAUUGCCGGUGCUAUCGCCCAAACUAAUGUCUUUGAUUACCGAUGCCUCACCGGUCCAAGCCACUUUGGAUCUCCUCUCAGCAGCAUCGAGGUCACUCUGACUGGCAUGUCUGAGGCGAAUGUGUCCGACAGCAUCCCCGAGGGCCAGAUCGCCGUCUCCGGUCCUGCAGUCGUCAGCAGCAAGACUACGCUUUCGUCACGGGGUCGCAUCAGCAAUGACAACACCCUGGAGCUGUCCUCUUGA